GUGGGGCCCUUUCUGCAGCUCACUUUAACAGUGCGAGACGUGUUGCUGCUGCGAUUUUAAUGGAGUUUGGUUUGGCUUCGCACAGUGUGUUUUUGGGUCUUUCUGUGGGGAUUGCAAGUGACAAGGACAUGAGGACGCUGCUUGUGGCGUUGUCAUUCCACCAGCUGUUGGAGGGGAUAGCGCUGGGCUCACGACUGGUGGAAGCCUCCAUGAGUAUCAUGCUUGAAGUGGUAAUGACAAUGAUCUUCUCCGUCUCCGUACCUCUGGGCAUCGCGAUUGGUGUCAUCACAAUGAAGGGGACGCAUACCUCCAUGACGGGCCCGGCGUUUGUGGCACUGCAAGGGGUUGUGAACGCCGUGGGCGGCGGCAUGCUACUGUACAUUGCAUUUUCUCUUAUUUUUAACGAUUUUCCGGCAGACAUGCGGAGCGUCGCUGGGCCAACCGUGGCGCAUUGUGGCUGGAGACGCUGUGCAAUGUUUGCGGCUUUCUGGGGGGGAACGGGUGCCAUGGCUGUUCUUGCCAACUGGCACUAG